CGGAAAAUGGCGGAUCUCGAAGACGUUACCCUAGACGGGAGACCGCUCCAGUCCCUUCGAGUAGCGGAUUUAAAAGCUGCCCUUGAGGAGAGAGGACUCUCGAAAAGCGGGCAGAAGAAUGCUCUCAUUAAAAGACUCAAAGGGGCUCUCAUGCUGGAGAAUCUGCAGAGAACCUCCACCGCUCACAUUGGACUGCAGCCGAACUCACAGAUUGGUGAGGAAAUGAGCCAGAACAGCUUUAUCAAGCAGUAUCUGGCUAAACAACAGGAGCUCCUUAGGCAGCGUCUGGAGAGAGAGGCUCGUGAAGCAUAUGAAACAAAUGAGCAAGAGGACCACACAGAAGUUAAUAACAGUACCUCAUGCCCUCCUCAAGCCCAGGAUGUCACACCAGCACUGGCUGAGCAGCACAAGCCACCUGGCCCCUCUGGUGGAGAGGGAUUGUUUGGUGCAGUGAAUGAGGGAGAAACUAACAGGAACCUGGAGGCUGACAUGCCUGGUCCUCCUGCCUCUGGCUCAGUGGCCAUGCGCGUUCCUGGUGGUGAGCAGCGACCAGAAAGGGGUUCUGCAUCCAACGAAGUUGCCGCUGACAGUGACGAUGAGGACAGUGAGGAUGGCGAGGAAGAUGGUGACGAUGAUGACUGGGACAGCGUUGCUCGAAGGAGAAGCCUCCGAGAACCAGCCAGAGUGCCCACGACAAGAGAGAGGUCUGGAGCAUCCUGUCAACCACAGCAGCAACACAUGCCUUCCCUUUUGUCCCCUCAACUCCGCCAACCAACGCCUCCUCCCUCCCCACCUCCAGAGUUAUCCUUCCCCUUGCCUGACACCCCUAAACAGAGCCCCCCUAGUCCAGAUGUAGCCCCAGCUAGGCGCUCACCUAGUACCUCCAGCUCUGGUUCCUCCAGCAGCGGCAGCCGCAGUAGCAGCCCAGAGCCACAGAGGAGUGGACAUGCUGAGCGCAAGCCCGGCCCGCUGACCCUUCUGGCACGCAAGAUGGCAUCAGAAGGCGCUUUCUCUGGAGCAGGUUGGCACAGUGGUGAUGGUGAAGGCGAUAGGCAGGACAACAGCACUCCUUCGACUACAUCAUUACCCGGCAGAGGACCACCAGAGGGUCUGGUAUCUGCUAUCACUCACACAGCCAACAUGGCAGGCCAUGCACCAUUUCCCAUGAUUCCAGGCACUAACCAGGGUGUCACAGGAACACAUUCGGCCCAUAUUCAAGUACCUGUGAGUGUGCUCAAGGCCACUGCAACAGAAGAAAGGGACAGACAGAGGGACAUUGGGGUAGAAAGAGAAAAGGCCCUAGAGCUGGAAAGGCAAGAGAAGCAGAGAAAACUUGAGCAAGAACGAGCAAUGGAGGAAGAGCAGGAAAGAGCUCUUGCACUGGAGAGAGAAGAAAGAGAGAGAGCUCUGGAGAAAGAGAGAAUCGAACGACAGCAGGCCUUAGAAAGAGAAGAACGAGAAAAGGCUUUGCAGCAGGAGAGGGAACUUGCUCUAGAAAGAGAGAGGCAGGAAAGGGAACUAGCUUUGGCUAAAGAGAGGGAAGAGCGAGAGCAAGCCUUAGCACGAGAGAGGGCCCUGGAGCUUGAGAGGCAGAAGGAACUAGAGAGGCAGAGGGCCCUGGAGCAAGAACGUCUGCAGAGAGAAAAAGAGGAGAGGGAGAAGCGAGAGAGAGAAGAAAUGGAGAGGGCAAUGGAGCUAGAAAGGAAGAGAGAAAGGCUUCUUGAGCAAGAGAGGUUAGAGAGAGAAAGAGCUCUGGAGGCUGAGAGACAGGAGAAGGAGAGGAUUGAGAGGGAAAGGGCAUUGGAGCAGGAAAGGUUGGAACGAGAGAAAGCCUUAGAGAAAGAAAGAAUAGAGAGAGAAAAAGCCUUGGAGCAAGAGAGGCUAGAAAGGGAGAGAAUCUUGGAGCAAGAGAGACUGGAAAGAGAGAGAGCCCUGGAGCAAGAGAGACUAGAAAGGGAGAGAGCCCUAGAGCAAGAACGAUUAGAGAGAGAGAAAGCCAUAGAGCAAGAGAGAAUCGAGAGAGAGAAAGCUCUGGAGCAAGAAAGGUUGGAGAGGGAGAGAGCCAUGGAACAACAGAGGUUGGAGCUUGAGAGGAAGGAGAAGGAAAGAAUCGAGAGAGAGAAAGCAUUGGAGCAAGAGAGGAUAGAGAGGGAAAAGGCCUUGGAACGAGAGAGGGAGGAAAAAGAGAGGAUGGAGAGAGAGGCAGCUCUUGAACAGGAGAGGGUGGAGAAGGAAAGAGCAGAGAAGGAGAGGAAAGAAAGGCUGGAGAGGGAGAAAGCUCUAGAACAGGAGAAACUUGAAAGGGAGCGAGCGGAAGAAAGGAAGGAGAAAGAGAGGGCUCUCGAACAGGAAAGGGUAGAGAAGGAGAAAGCCAUGCAAAAAGAGAAGGAGGAGCAGGAGAGGGCCCUGGAGCAGGAGAAAGAGAGGGCUAGGAUGGCUGAAAAGGAGAGGGAGAGUCACCUCCCUCCAUCCAAACGUGGCCGUGAGAUUGGUCUCACCCCCCUGCCCACUCCUCCCCCCCUCUCUACAGGACCAGGUAGAAAGUCAUCAACUGAUGCAGGAGAGCAGGAAGAUGUCCAUGUUCCAAUGUCCCGGAUUGGAGCAGCAGAAUCCAGUGCACCCAUGUCACCAACGCCCCUGUCGCCUCAGUCUUCAUUCAAGAAGUUCCGGUUCUUAAGGGACUCCCAAAUUCAGCCUCAAUAUUCCUCCACAUCCAUGGUUAUCAAGCAGCCCCGUAGCUUCUCAGAUACGCCCCAGCCUCGGGUCUCACCUGUCUUCUCCCCCACCAGUGUCGGGGAGCGACAGCAAGAAGGACACCAGCCCUCCACUGAACAGGAAGGUCCACAGAUGCAGACAAAACCAGAGGUAGUUGCUGGGCCACCAGGAGCUGUUGGGACCCAGCAUGAGAAGGAAACUGUUGGCACCACACUGAUCCAGAGUCCCAAAAAAGCCACAGGCCUCGUGUUGGAGGACAGUGAAAAAGCGGAUUCAGUGAAGAUGGAACAGGCUGCCAAGGAAUCCUCCAAAAGAGCAAAAGACGUGCAUGAAAGCAAGGGUCUCUCAAGUCCAAAUGCUGCACAACGGAGGGGAAGAGAUGGAAAGAAGGAAGAAAAACAAGCAAGAAAAAGAUCAUCCUCUAACGAUUCCUCUUCCUCAGAAUCAGACUCUGGGUCCUCAUCAUCUCGCACUUCUGGCUCAUCCACAUCGUCUCAAGAGAAAACCUGCUCUGCUUCAAGAGGUAGAAGGGAAGGGAAACCUGAAAAAGAUUCCUCACCACAGUACCGGGUUCCAUUAGAGGCUCAGGCUGAGGGUUUAAAGGAAACUCCAAAAGGAUCCCCUUGCAAAAGAGAGCUAUCUGUUCAGAACAGCGACACAACUGUUGAUGGAGACAUUCACCCCAAGAAACUGUUUAUUGAAGCACCAACCAGAGACGAGACACAGAGGAAGAGAAAGGGCAGCGGGGGACAGGAGGAAAAGGACAAACAAAGGCAGGUGAAGGAGACUGUCAUGGAAGAGCCAGAGAAGCUUCCAGAGACCAGCGAGGAGACACCGAAGGCCUUCUCAGCUCGAAAGAUCUCUCUUAGCAGCACUAAAUCAUCCCCAGGCACUGGCAGUGCAGAGGGCGAGCAGGAUUCUGGGGCCGCUGCAGGUCGCAAGAGGAGGUGGGGCUCCAGCACAGCUGUCACUGCCAAGAAACCUUCCAUUAGCAUCACCACAGAUUCACUCAAGUCUCUGAUUCCAGACAUUAGGCAGUGUCUGGGCCAGGAGGCCGUAGUAGACCUGCACCCAGAGGAAGCUGUCCUUUCUGGGGCUGAGGAUGAAGAGAGGGAGCGCUCUGACCAGGACCUUCAGAUCCGACGCACUGUCACACAGGUGGUGCACUCAGAGAGUCAGGAGAAUGGACAGAAAGAGGCAAAGAGGAGCAGACAUGAGGAGUUGGAGGAGGAUGACGCGCAUGCAGACCGAGAGAGAACAAGGGAGCAUGAAGACAAGAUAGACGCCUCAUUUCCUGAAGCCAUGGAAACCCAGUCUCCAUCAGAUGCCAGCCAUGAUGUAGAAAUCAACACUGUGACCCCCAGCGACACCCUCAUUCGUCGCUCCAUCAGCCAGCAGAAAACAGGAGUUUCCAUCACAAUCGACGACCCUGUUCGCACAUCCCGGCAGCCCUCGCCACCUCGCGGCAAAGUCUCCAGCAUUGUUCACAUCAGCAACCUUGUGAGGCCGUUUACUCUGGGGCAGCUUAAGGAACUGCUCAGCAGAACCGGCACCCUGGUGGAGGAGGGCUUCUGGAUCGACAAAAUCAAAUCUCACUGCUAUGUCACUUACUGUAGCUCAGAUGAGGCAGUCGCUACACGUGCAGCUCUUCACGGAGUGAAAUGGCCUCAGAGCAACCCAAAAGUUCUUAGCGUAGACUUCUGCCAACAGGAUGAGCUGGACUUCCACAAAGGCCUGGGUGCAGCCGACAGACAGGGUGGAGAGGAACAGGGCCCUGGCUUCGGCCGUGGUCGAACAUCGGGCCUGCCCUCUCUCCUCCCAGAGCGAGACCAGUGGGCCGAGCGUGAGCGUGAAAUGGAGCGUCGAGAGAGGGCCCGAGCAGAGCGCGAGUGGGAUCGUGACAAGGUCAGAGAGUUUGGGAAACCUGGAGAAGAAAAGGACGGAGGUCCCCGGAGGUCGCGCUCCAGAGAGAGACGACGCAAAGAGAGGGGAAAGAGCAAGGAGAAGAAGACUGAGAAGAAAGAGAAAACGGCUGAGGACCCCCCUGCAAAACUGCUUGAUGAUCUGUUUCGCAAAACUAAAGCACCUCCUUGCAUAUACUGGCUUCCACUUACAGAAGAACAGUGUGCUCAGCGGGAAGCUGCCAAAGCAGAACGCAUGAAGGAGCGUGAGAAAAAGAGGAAGGAGCAAGAAGAGGAGGAGAAAAAAAAGGAAGAGGAGCGCAGGGAGAGGAUGAAAGCUGGAGGCGGCGCGGCAGGAGAGCGGAGUGAGGGUGAGAAGGACAAGGACAGAGACAGAGAGAGGGAAAGAGACAGAGACCGAGGUAGAGACAGAGACAGGGACAGAGACAGAGACAGAGAGAGGGAGAGGGAGAGGGAGAGGGAGAACGACAAACGCAGGGAUGGCUACCGUAGGCCAGGGGGCAGCGGGGCAGGUGGGGGGCGACGCUCACGCAGCCGCAGCGAUCCACGAGAAAGGCGGCGUUAAUGGCCAAUCAACUGAUUGAACUGUCCUAGAGACCACCCUCUUCCAUUUGCCUUUCACUACAUGUACUUUGUUACAACUAAGACCCAACAGAGGACCAACUGAUGUCGUCACCAUCUCUCAAAUUGUCACCUUUUUUAAAGCACAUCUACACCUACACACAGUCAUGCUUAAAGGGGACCAUGAUUUUUUGCAGUGUUGUUUCCCAGAGUGCUGUAUGUCUUGCUCCUGUCAAGGUUUGAUAUAUUUUCUUUACAUGUUUGCCUCUCCUUUAUUCUUUGUUUUUUGUCUUGACGGCAUAGCGGUAUGGCACGCUGGGUAAUUUUAAUAAUUUCCCCCAAUGUUCCCAUUUGCCCCAAAGUGUAGGUGCCAAUCAUGAUUUGCUAUCAAUUGUCGUCACCUCAGUGUUUUAACAGCUCUGCAAUUUGGAUGAGGAAUCCUUUUGUUGCUGCAUGUAGUCCAAGGCUCUCCUUGCCGGUCCUGCCUAAAGACAAAACUUAGCCCUCUGUGCAGAAGCUUGCAUAAAUCAAAGAAAUAUUGGAGUAGCUGUAUUUGGCAUUUUGUACAGACAUAGAAGAUUACUCAAAAUCAAGUCUUUAAAUGAGGCAGCUCUUGGGGUAUUUUGGACAGGUGUGGAAUAACUACCAAGGCAAUGCAGUGUUCCUCUCUCCCUCGAUUUAGUUAAGAGAUGAGAUGAUUCUGUGGGGGGAGAAUCUAUGUCUGUCACACCUGACACAAGUUAUGAUUUUGUCCUUAUCAUUGAUUCUCUUCCUCCUCCCUCCUCUCCCUCAAGUUCUCUUAUCCUGUAGUGUCAAUACAGGCCUAAGAGGGGAGGUUGCAUUAUGAGUUUUCUCACCAAUGGUUUUAAUAUUGUUUUUUAAUCAUUAUUUUAUCAUUUUAGUACCAAGCUUUGUUUUUGUUUUUUAAUUUCUUCUUUGAGUACGCCUAUCAGUGGUGAAUGUACAAAUAAUAAAAGUUGAAAUUUGAAA